AUCAAACUGGAGAAGUACUGACACUGAGAAGGGACUAACUCCUUCAUCUGUACUAUUACAAUUUCAAAGUGCAAAAGACUUUUUUACUUUAGCUGCUGAAUUAAGGUGGGUUUCAUUAAUGUUACAGCACAAAGUCUAGCCCCUCUGCUCUGUGCAGCUGCAGCCCCGUCCAUGUGCACAAUGAGUGCGUGUGCCUGCAAAGCUUCAUACCUGCGGAGGAGGCUGAUGGACACGCUGUUGUUCUUGGCUGCUCUCCUGCUGCCUGUGAGCGGUGACUGCCCCACAUCGUGCGUCUGCUAUGUUCCUACUGAAGUGCACUGCACCUUCAGAUACUUGACCGCAAUACCUGACCACAUCCAGCCAUCUGUGGAAAGAAUUAACCUAGGGUACAACAGUAUAACUGUCUUGAGGGAAAAUGAUCUCUCUGGACUUGAGAACUUGGAGUUGCUGAUGCUACAUAGCAACACUAUCCACAGCAUUGAAGACAGAGCCUUCCAAGACCUCAAGUCUUUACAGGUCCUGAAGAUUUCCUUUAACAAAGUUAGGGAAAUCAGCAAAGAGACAUUCAAAGGCCUUGACAGUGUAUUGAGACUCCACCUGGACCACAACAACAUUGAGUUCAUCAACCCAGAGGCUUUCUACGGCCUAACCAAGCUACAGUUGGUCCAUCUGGAGGGUAAUCACCUCCAGCAGCUCCACCCAGACACAUUCAUCACUCUGAGAUACAGCCAGGUGUUCAAGGUGUCCUCUGUGAGAAACAUCCACCUGUCAGACAACCUCCUCACCACUCUGCCGGCAGAUAUUUUCUCAGGCUGCAGCCAGCUUGAAAACCUCUUUCUCCAUGACAACCCAUGGAUGUGUAACUGCCAUAUGAAGUGGUUCUCAAAGUGGUCACAGCAAAACACAGGUGUGCUGAAAUGCAAGCGAGACCGGAGGUAUCCAAGAGGCCAGCUGUGUCCUGUUUGUGAAAAUCCUGCCCCUUACCAGAAAAGACUUCUAUCCCUUCUCCCCGGUGAUGCAUUCACAUGUGCCAAACCCUGGAUUGAUCCUCAUUUAAAGCAGAAAAACGUCAGCCUGGACGAAGGGGACUUCACUCCUGUUUCCCCAAAGGACUUUAUCGCCCCUUUAGGCUCAAUACAAAUGAAUUUGACAGACCAGUUUUACAGUGAUGCCAGCCUUUCCUGCACGGUCCAGAGGCCCUCAGAUUUCGAGAAUCUGACACAAACUGUGGAAGAGGAGCAGGGAAACAAUGUCACAGUGCUUACCACUGUUAUAACCUCCUACUUGGUGUGUAAUGUUGACCAUGAACAAAUACAGCAGCUGUGGCAGAUCCUGGCCAGCUACAGUGACUCUCCAAUGAGACUAGAAAGAGGCAUAAUGCUAGCCAGAGGCCCUGAAAUGAUUUACAGGUAUAGCCAAUCUAAAACAGAGGAGGAAAUUUACACAACCAUCAAGGCUGACAUUAAAGCCUCACCUGCAUGGCUGAUGCAGGGAGAGGUUAGUUUCCAGCUUGACCGCACAAUGACCACUUUCUCUACUUUGCAUAUUAAGUACCAGUCAGUAGUCAACCUGCGUGUGGAAAACACGACACCUAAGAGAGACCGCUAUUCUUGGACCAUGAUUAAGAGAGAUAACCAAACCCAGACUGAGCACACUGUACUUACAGGUGGUGUGGCACAAUUGAACUGUCUGAUCCGUGGCGAGCCAAAGCCCUUGCUGGAGUGGAUUUUACCAGAUGGAAGUAAAGUCAGAGCUCCUUUUUCCAGUGAAGACAGCAGGAUCAUUAUCAGUGCCGAAGGAAAGCUCACUCUAAGGGGAGCAGACACCUCAGACACAGGCAUCUACCGAUGUAUUGCCACAAACUACCUGGAUGCAGAUAUCCUGAUUUUUCGUGUAACAGUUCUCUCCCCUGAUGUGGAAGAGUCUGACGUCAAUGGAGUUCAACUUUCAAAGCCACUGGGAGAAAAUCUGGUUUUGGAUUGUAGCUCUUCAGGGAGUCCGAAGGCAUCAGUACAGUGGAUUCUACCUGAUCACUCAGUACUAGAAAAGUCUCAAGGGAAAAGAAUAUUAUUUGAGAAUGGAACCUUGCUAGUUCAGGGUCUGACAGAAAGGGACAGAGGGUUUUAUAGGUGUUUGGUCGCUAACGACCUGGGAGUUGAUCUUCUUGUGUCUCAAGUGACAGUGAUUGAAGAAAGGUCUGGUACAGUGACAGUUUUGGACAGCGGGGGAUCAGGGAUGGAAACAGAGGACAAUGUUGACCCUAGCUUGACUGAAAUCACAGUCCCAUUGGAAGAGAUUCCCUCCUCCGGUCCCUAUGACAGAACUAGUCAGGAAUCCAGAACGAUUACCUCAGACAGGCCUUUCCCCAGACAUAGGUCACACGGUAGAGGUUCUGGAGGUAGAGCUGGACAGAAAAGAAGGGGGCACGCCAGCAAUCGACACAUCUGGAGUGGUAGGGUUUUUGAUAAAGCAUCCAGAAAAGUGGACCCAAAGAAAUUUGCUGAAUUUAUGAAAAAGGCUCAAGGGGCAUCAAGAAGAAAAUCUGAUACUGAAAGUGAGAGAGUUCAGGAUGCAGAGUCACAUACUGGUCUUUCUGGUGAUGGUGAAAUUGGCUCUGGUGUUGAUCAUAAUGAAGAUCAAUUCAUCAUAAUGUCGAGGAGUCCCUUACCAUCGACACACAGAGGAAGAGUAUCUGAAGUUGCAGAAAAUACACUAACAACAAAGUCAUAUAUGCAGUCAGAUUCUACAUCAGUCCAGUCUGCAUUCACACAGAAUCCAACAGAAAGGAGUGAAACUCAAAGUGAUGGAGUUGCACCAUACCUUUCAUACAACAAAGUUGAUGAGAAUACUGAAUCUUCUGUCCCAGAAAGAACCACCCAGCAAAGCUCAAUCAGGCACCCAGUCACUCUCCAACUUAGCAUUACAGAAGCAUCACAAGAAACUCAACUACAGUUCUCAGGAGAACCUGCAGAGCCAGAAACAUCCACAGGUGCAGCACUCACCUUUACCACAGACCCUAAUGUCACUCCAUUGAAGGAUGGCCCUGGCCCAGUGGAAUUCAUUGUACACACAUCCACAGACCCAGAAAGCCAGACCACAUUCACAGCCGUCACCACCACCGAGAGACAACAAGAUGAGAUUACCCUCCACACCACUCAAACCAUCAAAUCCCCACACUUGACUGCAGGAUCGACCAUCAUCUCUAGACAGCAGAUCCAUAUCGUACCAAAUAAGAGCAGCAGAGGGGGCACAGGAGGGGGACGCAGGAGGACUUUCCAAGGGCGCAGGAGGAUCAUUAAACCCAAUAGGAUCACUGACAUACAGUCCUUUUUCAAUAAGCUUAAACAGUCCUCUAUUAAGAAGGAAGGGAGUGCAACAGUACCAUAUAAAAUUGAACUGUCAACAGACUGUGACUGUGAAUACAAAAAUAAUACAUCAAAGAAUCAUCUGCAGAUUGUCACACCAACGGGUUCUUUAGGUUCAGCUGUGCAGAGACCUGCCUCCACACCAAAACCUACAUCAUACAAUUAUAUAACUUCGAAAGCCCCAUUUAUACAUACAAAGCUAGAUAGUUCCAGUGGCUACAUAACCUCUGCUGAUGCUCCUGAUUUUUACACCACAGUUGAUCCAUUCUUGAGCACAAAGAAGGAGCUUGUCAUCUCCACCACGACUGCUACUACUACUACUGCCUCAAAGGUUAUUCGUGGAAGAAUCCCAUGGGACAGACUGUUUGGAGGAAAAAAUAAGGAAAUGAUACUGAGCAGGCUAAAAAAACCAUUCAUCACACAAAAAACUUCAACAACAGCAGAACCUACAACAGUGACUGUAACCCCAACCCCUGUUGCUUUUUUCACCACCCCUGCAAACUCACUUGCUGAACCAGAGACUCUUUCCCCAUCCACACACACAGGUAGUAAAGAGGGCUCAAUAGACAAUGACUACGAGUCUUCCUCAGAUGUAGCGUUUACAACACUGGAGCCCAGUGUUUACCUUAUUACUACUACAAGCUCACCAUAUUACUCCAGAUCUUCAACCACAGAAGAAACACCCCCAGAGUCACAGACUCUGCCUUCGCCACCAACCAUACAACCACCCUCAAAAGAAAAUACUGAGGAAGACAUAUCAUCUGGAUCAGGGGGUCUGCCUGAUAAUUGGUUUGUCGGCAGAAGGAGGCCUGAUGGGACAAGACGACAGCAAGGGCGAAGGAGGAGGCCCUUUAGAGGAAGGAGACCCUUCAAAAAGCCUGUGAUUACCAAACCCAAAGCUACAACCACAAGUGAGGCCUUUACUACUGAAGUAACAACUAUAGAAACUACCAUGGAGACAACCAGACAACCACAACGGACAGUUUCACUCCAUAAUCCCCUGUACACACCAGCUAGGAAAGAGGAUAGAACUCCCGUUUCUGUUUCCUCUGACCAAAAAGACUUAAUUGACUUACAUGAGGAGACAGACUUGGACAAACCCAGCAGUUUCCCUGUUUACACUACAACCAAAACACCUUUGAGGCCCUUAUCUACACUUACCCCCACCACCACAUCCAUACUAGCUACCAGAAAAAGACCAUACACAACAGCAAAGCCCAUAUUACACAGUAACAUCAAACCACCAGUGCAAAGGGAAAAUAGUGACACUGCCCGUAGGACUUCAGUCAGACCUACUGAGCAAAGCAGUGGUGCCAGAGGCAGUACAGAGGAAGGCCUCGCUAUUGAUACAGUGACAAUCCUUACAGCAGAGCAAGACUUUGGCCACAAACCCAUCACUGAUGUUGAAGCCACAAGUGUAAAGGGCUUUGAACAAACCACAAAGGUCAUGUCAGGCAAGCCUAGGAUUGUUGGCGGCAAUGCAGCUAGCUUCACAGUGCUAUCCAACUCUGAUGCUUUCCUGCCAUGUGAGGCAGUUGGAAACCCUCAGCCAGCUAUAACCUGGAGACGCUUGUCCUCAAGCACAGGAAGCUCCUUCAUUAUUUCAGGAAAAAUGGGAAAGUUUGAGGUUUUGACCAAUGGCACACUGUCAAUCCAGAAUGCAAGUGUGAAGGAUCGUGGUCAGUACCUCUGUCUAGCUGAGAAUGAUUAUGGAUCAGAUAAACUUCUUGUCACUCUUUCUGUUGUGGCCUAUCCAUCACGUAUCCUGGAGCCAAAAAUACGUGACAUGAAGUCUCAUGCAGGAAACACUGUAGAGAUGAAAUGUAAAGCAGAUGGUCGGCCUACACCCUUGAUAUCAUGGAUCCUGGCCAACCGCACCCAGGUCAGGGGUCAAAACACAGAGAAGGGAAGGGUAUCAGUAACUUCUGGUGGAACUCUGAUCAUCGAGCAGGUGUCUGUUUAUGACAGAGGUCAUUACAAAUGUAUUGCUAGCAAUCCAGCUGGAGCUGACACUGCCACAGUCCGGCUGCAGGUGGUUGCAGCUCCCCCAGGCAUUAAGGAGGAAAAACGUCAGGAUAUUAGAGCUGGUGUUAGCCAAAACUUGUGGAUUCCUUGCAGUGGCCAAGGCAGCCCACAUCCCACUAUUCAUUGGGUCCUCAAUGAUGGGUCAACGGUACGAUCUAACAGACUUGCAAGUAAUGCAAGGAUAUCUGUUCUUAUCAAUGGAACCCUCCACAUUAAGGAUGCUACUCCAGCAGACAGUGGGAAAUAUGAAUGCAUUGCUACUAGUUCGACAGGCUCAGAGAGACGGGUGGUGACACUUGCAGUAGAAAAACAAGAGUCUGCCCCUCACAUAGUGAAGACAUCCCAGCGCUUGACAGAGCUGUUCUUUGGGGAUCAGCUGUUACUGAACUGUUCAGCUACAGGAGACCCUAAACCCAGGAUCAUGUGGAGGCUGCCAUCCAAAGCUGUGGUGGACCAGUGGCACAGGAUGGGCAGCAGAAUUCAGGUCCUGGAUAAUGGUACUCUUAUUGUUAGGACUGUCAGCGAUAAAGAUGCUGGUGAUUACCUCUGUGUGGCACGAAGCAUAGUUGGAGAUGCUCUUCAACUCAUGAGGGUCCAUGUGACAAUGAAGCCAGCCAAGAUAGAGCCUAAGCUCUAUUUAAAGAAGCAGGUAGCCUAUGGUAAAGACCUAAAAGUUGACUGUAAAGCUUCAGGUGCCCCAAAGCCAGAGAUCUCUUGGGGUUUACCAGAUGGUACAGUGGUUAAUAGCGCGCUUCAGUCUGAUGCCAGCAUUGGAGGGGGCCGAGCACGCCGCUACACACUUUUUGACAAUGGAACUCUUUACCUAAAUGAGGUUGGCAUGUCAGAGGAAGGGGACUACACCUGCUAUGCUGAAAACCAGGGAGGCAAGGAUGAAAUGCAUGUACAUAUCAGUGUGGUGACUGCUCCACCCAAGAUUAAUCCAGCCAGCAAGACCUAUGCAAGAGUAAAGCCUGGAGGGAAUAUACGCUUUGACUGUGAGGCAUUUGGGGAACCAAGACCCAAGGUCCUGUGGAUGCUACCAAACAAUGAUGUCAUUGGAGCAUCUAAUGAACGCUACCUAAUGCACGUCAACGGCUCUCUUGAUAUUAGGGCUGUUAAACUCAUCGAUGCUGGGGAAUAUGUUUGUAUCGCUCGUAACCUUGCUGGAGAACAUAGGAAUGUCUACAAGCUGGAUAUUGAUGGGAAUCCACCAGUGAUCAAUGGCUUUAGGCAGAAUAGGACUGUAAUCAAAGAAGUCGCUGCAAAAUUCUCCAGGAAAUUAAUAGACUGUAAGGCUGAAGGUAAUCCCACUCCCAGUAUCACAUGGAUUAUGCCAGAAAACAUCUUUUUGAAAGCACCGUACUUUGGAAGCAGGAUUAAUGUUCACCAUAAUGGGACAUUAGAGAUUCGCAACGUGCGUCCAACUGAUACAGCAGAGUUCAUUUGCAUGGCAAGGAAUGAUGGAGGAGAGGCAGUAAUGGUGGUGCAGUUGGAGGUGACCAGCAUGCUACGAAGGCCAAUCUUCAAGAACCCCUUCAAUGAGCGCAUUGUGUCUCAAUUUGGGAAAACAACAGUUCUGAACUGCUCUGCUGAUGGACGCCCAACACCAGAAAUAAUAUGGACUUUCCCCAAUGGGACACGAGUUACUGCUGAUCAUUACCAUGACUCUCAUCUACGCCUCAGCAGUGAUGGAAUGUUAGUUAUUUACAGCCCUCGCAAAGAGGAUGCUGGGAAGUAUCGCUGUGGUGCCAAGAAUUUCUUGGGCUACAUAGAGAAACUCAUUAUUUUGGAUGUUGGGCAGAAGCCUUAUAUCUUGACAAGGCCAAGGGGUAUCAUUCGUAGUAUGGCUGGAGAACCUCUUUUCCUUCACUGUCUAUCUGACGGAAAUCCUAGACCCAGAAUCUACUGGACCAUUCCUGGUGGCCACACUCUUACCCGACCCCAAGUCUUUGGCCGCUACCAUUUGCUAGACAAUGGCACCUUGGUUGUUCAGGAUACAGCUCACCACGACCGGGGAAACUACAUCUGUAGGGCUCGCAAUGAUGCUGGGGAGGCUUUGCUCACCGUCCCAGUUGUUGUCAUUGCUUACCCACCACGGAUCACGACAGCCCCACCCCCCCAUGUGAAGGCACUUACCAGGUCACCUAUCCAGCUUAACUGUGCAGCAACAGGGAUCCCUAAGCCAGAUAUCACCUGGGAGCUCCCUGAUAAGUCAAUUCUGUCUACAGCAGGACAGGGCAGGCCUUUGGGUAGUGAACUGCUCCAUCCUCAGGGCACACUUAUCAUUCAGAGGCCUACAGCCUCAGACUCUGGCACAUACAAGUGUCUGGCGAAGAACAGCCUAGGCACAGACUCAAAAGUCACAUAUGUGCAUGUACUGUGAGAAAAAGACAAUAUUAACUGAGGAGGAUAGAGCUAUGACUGAAUGUAAACAUAAACUGUCACUUGUGCCUGAGAGAUAUUUGUUGUUACACAUGGAUUUCUGAGUAACAUGGCAUAUGGAAUUUAAUUGAGAAGUGACAAUUGUGGAUUAAAAAACAAGCACAGCAAAGGGUGAGAAAUGAAAUGGACAUUUUAAAUGGUAAGAAAUGUUUACUUUGUAAACUGGAAAACCCCCACCUGGAGCAAGAAAAUUGUUAGUUUAACUUUGGUCCACUGGACUGGAAAUUCAAAGGUGGUUCUAAUUUGAGGUGGUCUCAUGGGAGAAAAGACUUAAUGCAUAAAGUCAAACCAAAGGUGAUUUUUCUUACCAGGCGUUUCUGGCUGUACAUAGGUAUAAUAUUACCAAUUACACAGUCCAAUUGCACAGAGGGGGGGGGACUGUGCAACAGAUUGAUAGAAGAAAUUAGAGUCUCAGGGGGGGUGAACUGCCUUCAGGUAUCAUCUGGAUGAUGAUGUUGAAUAUGUGGCUUUGUUCUUGAACUGCAAAUUAAAAGAAAGCAGACAAGCAGUAAAGUAAAGGUGUUUUAAGAAUAGUUCAUCAAUGAAAGCAGUCUAACUAAUGAAUAUAUUUUACUUAUUUUACACUGGAUACAUAGCUUUUAUUUCUCUUCAUAUCAGUACAUCAGCCAUUUAAUGUACUUUGAAAUGUUCAUAACAGUGUCCACUAUACAUCAUUAAGUCAAAAUACAUUUUUAAAAACACUUCCAGCCCAUUGUGUUGUACACAAGAAUUAACAGUAAUGUUAUACAUUAUUCUAGUGUGAUGCUAUACAGUAUUUGUAUAUAUAUUUGUAGUAUCUACUCUAUUAAAGU